AUCUAUCUACCAAAAACCCAACUACUGUAAUUUAAGAAGAAGAAGAAAAUCUCUCAAUCAAACCCUGGUGCUAGAGAGACUCGUCUCUCACUCGAUCUCAACAAAACAAGCAUACAGAGACAGAGAGAAAGCAAGAAAGCAAACAGCAGCAGUGUCUGUCUCUCUCAGUCGAGAUUGGAGAAAUAGAAGAUGGAUGCGAUGAGGAAGCAGCUGGAUGUGCUCAUGGGAGCGAAUCGAAACGGCGACGUAAGAGAGGUCAAUCGCAAGUACUACGAUCGUGAUGUUUGUCGCUUGUACUUGGUUGGCCUUUGCCCUCACGAGCUCUUCCAACUAACGAAAAUGGAUAUGGGACCAUGCCCGAAAGUCCAUUCCUUGCAGCUGAGAAAAGAUUAUGAAGAAGCGAGGGCGAAAGGUGUUGAUAGCUAUGAUGUGGAGUUAGAGAAUGUUAUUGAUAAGCUUAUUGUCGAAUGCGAUAAGAAAAUCGGUAGAGCACUUAAGCGUCUUGAAGAUGAGGACGCCAAGGCAGCUAUUGCCAUUUCAGUCACUGAGGUUACCCAGACUCCUGAGGUUAUUGAGCUGUCGAAGCAGAUUAAGGAGAAGCUGAAAGAAGCUGACAAAUAUGAUCUUGAAGGCACAACAGAUUUUAAGAUUCAAGCUUUGGAAGAAGUGGAAAAACUCAGAAGUGAAAGAGCAGAGAAGCAGUCUGCGCAACUUUUGGAGGCCUUCAAUAAAGACAGGUCUUCCUUACCUCAACCUAUGCCAAAUCCCCCACCAUCAGCACCCAUGCCGCUGCCUACUCCUGAUCCUCGCACCCAGGAGAUGAUAAAUGAGAAGCUGAAGAAAGCGGAGGAUCUUGGUGAGCAAGGGAUGGUAGAUGAGGCUCAAAAAGCAUUGGAAGAGGCCGAAGCACUUAAAAAGCUUCCUGCCAGGCAGGAGCCUACUGUGGAUUCCUCCAAGUAUUCUGCUGCCGAUGUGCGCAUUACUGAUCAGAAGCUACGUGUUUGUGACAUUUGUGGAGCUUUUCUGAGCAUUUAUGAUAGUGACCGACGACUUGCAGAUCAUUUUGGAGGGAAGCUUCAUUUAGGCUAUAUGCAAAUUCGUGAGAAACUCACAGAGCUUCAGGAAAACAAGCACCGCAAGGCUGACUGGUACGAUGAUAGAAGAUCAAAAGAACGGAGUAGAGACCGUGACAGAGAAUCAAGCAGGGAUCAAGAUCAGGGAGAUAGCCGUGACCGGGGGAGGGAUUAUGAUCGAAGGAGCAGAGAUCAUGACAGGUAUAAUGACCGGGAUCGUGGAUAUGAUCGUGAACGUGAACGUGAGCGCUCCCACAGUUAUGAUUCAAGAAGUCUUCGCAGAUCACGUUCUCGAUCUAGGGAACAUACAAGGGAUUAUGAUCGCCAUAGGCGCUAUGACCGAUAUUAGGAUCUUGUUGCUGAGCAGUUGGGUAUGGAAAUUUGUGUUUGUUGCCUAGUUGUCCUCUGUGUAGUUUAUGUCCAACGAAAUGGUUCAUCCUUCGGGGUUCUCACAGUAUUAGUCAGUGGUGUCCAAAGUUCGUUAGAUUAUUGACUCUCUGCGUGCUGUGCUGCGCUGUGCUGCGCUGUGCUGCCAAAGACUCGUUUUCCUUCCUUGGCGCCUGUAGUAUGGAUUUAUACAAUUGAGAAAACAACAGGAGCAAGCUCUCGAAGCUGAGCGUGAAACUACUCUUGUUUACUGGUUCAACCCUAUUUAUCAUCUCUAGAUGAUGGCCUUUUUAACGAUGUCAGACAGCGUUGUGCGUUUUUUCUGCUUAUCAUGUAUUGGAGGGGUGUUUCCAAAUGUGGAAGAUGCUUUGCUGGGGACUUAUAUUUGAUACGCAAUGCUUUUUCUACCAACAAGAAAGACGUCUAAUGUUUCAUUCUAGACUGUUGAAAUAAAAUACAAAUGGAAAAACGGUAUGUGUUCUUUAAUGAAAACUAUUUAAUGUA